CAAGAGAACUUUGAACUUGUUAUUCUUGGGUGGAGACAGCCGAGAAGUGAGACGCUAUGACUGACUGACUGACUUCAAUUUUCUCCAGUAAGGCCAGUUCUGUAAUAUAUGGAAAUGACCCAUUGCUGCUGAAGGCCUUCAAAGUAACUCCUCAAGUCUGACUUUAUAUAUAUGUAGCAGUUUUGCUUCAGAACAUUACAACAUUUUCAUUUUCAGAUGACUCAGAACAUGUUCCAGGAGGGGCUGUAUCAUGUUUUCUUUAAGGACCACCCCUCAAGCAACCAACAAACUGUAACCACCAACCAGGAAGGAUUCCAAAAUGUGCGCAUCGGACGCUGGUUUGGGACAGUGGUUAACACCCGCCUCCUUGUCACCGGGCUUUUACAGGUCUUUGGUGCCCUGGCCUCUGUACUCACCACGGUAACCUACGCUUGUGUGAGCUUUAACUGUUCCGUCUCCAUGACUACACCAGUCUUGGCUGACCUGUUUUAUCUGACUACUGGAGGUGUAGCAAUGGAGGCUCAGAGGAAACCCAACAAACUCAAACAGGUGAAUAUGCUGAUUGGCUUGAACAUCUUUAGCUUUCUGCUGGGGUCCUGUUCUCUACUGGUCUACAGCCUCAUAACUACACAGGCUAAAGGCCUCUAUACUGACCAACAGCUUGUGGGUGUGUACAUGGCGAAGGGCAGCUCCAUCCUGUUCACAGUACAGUGUCUGCUGGCCUCGGUCUACACUCUCUUCCUCUCUUGGAGAGGUCUACGACGCUACGGUGGCCCUCACAGUCAGACCUACACCCGUCUAGCAGAGGGCCAGGAUGAACAAACAGAGCCCCUAAUGGAAACAGGACAAUUCAGCCUCUAAACCGACAUAUUUGUUUGUCUAGGUGUGUGUGUUUGAUUAUUUAAUAGUGUGUGGUUUACAUUUUAUGAGAAAAUAUAAGAAAAUUCACAAUGAAGAACCCUGCUUUGUAUUUUAUUAGAUUAGAUUUAUUAGACAACAAUAAGUAGAAUCUUGAAAAAAAUUCACAUUAAUUGAUUUCUAUCAUCAAGAUCGAUAUGAA